CUGAGGCACCGGCUGCUGAGGAGGCAACCGCUGAGGGUCAAAUUGCUGAGGAGUGUGUCGCUAGGGAACCAGUCGCCGAGGAAUCAUCUCUUGAAGGGCCAGCUGUGGAGGAGCCCGCCGCUAAAGAACCAAUCGCUGAGGAACCAGCUGCGGAAGCUUCAGUCGCUGAGGAGCCUGUCGCUGAGGCGCCUAUUGCUGGAGAUUCACUCGCCAUGGAUGCAGCUGCGGAGGUGUCAGCCGUUGAGGAACUAGUCGCUGAGGAGCCUGCCGCUGAGGAUCUAACAGCUGAGGCAUCAGUCACUGAGGAGCCUAUUGCCGAGGAUCCAGCUGCUGAGGUACCUAUUGCUGAGGAGCCUGCCGCUGAGGAUUCAGUCACUGAGGAACCAGCUGCCGAGGCAUCGGCCACUGAAGAUCCUGUCGCUGCGGAGCCAGUUGCGGAGGUGUCAGCCGUUGAGGAGUCUGUCACGGAGGUGCCAGUCACCGAGGACUCAGUCGUCGAUGCACCCGUCGCUGAGGAACCAGCCGGUGAGGAGCCUGCCGCUGAGGAUUCGGUUGCAGAGGCGCCUGUCGUUGAGGUGCCAGCCGUUGAGGUGCCAGCUGCUGAGGAGCCGGCUACUAAGCCUCUUGUCACUGAGAUGCCAGCCGUCGAGGAACCAGUUGUGGAGGACCCAGCCGUCGAGGAGCCUGUCGCUGAGGAUUCAGUCGUUGUGGAUUCAGUCGUUGUGGAUCCUGUCGCUGAGACACCGGUUGCUAAGGUACCUACUGCUGAGGAGUCUGCUGCUGAGGCUCCUGUCGCUGAGGAGUCAGCCGUCGAGGAACCAAUCGCUCGGACACCUGUUGCUGAAGAGCCAGCCACUGAGGAGCCUGUCGCUGAGGAGCCCGUCGUUGAGGAUGCAGUUGGCGAAGUGUCAACCGCAGAGGAUCCAGUCAUUGAGGUGCCAGUUGCUGAGGAAUCUGCUGCUGAGGAACCCAUCGCUGAGGAUCCAGUCGCUGAGGAGCCUGUUGCGGAGGAGCCUGUUGCGGAGGUGUCAGCCCUUGAGGAUUCAGUCGUUGAGGCACCUGUUGUGGAAUCGCCAGUGGCUGAGGAACCAGCUGCUGAGGAGCCUGUUGCUGAGGAGCUAGCAGUUAAGGCGCCAGCUGCUGAAGUAUCAACUGCUGAGGAACCUGCCGCUGAGGAUUCGGUUGCAGAUGUGCCUACCAUUGGGGAGCCAGCCGUUGAGGUGCCAGUUGCUGAGGAGUCGGUUGCCGAAGAAUCGGUAGCUGAGGAAUCGGCUGCUGAGGCUCUUGUUGCUGAGAAGUCAGCUGUCGAGGAAGCAGCUGCGGAAGCUUCAGUCGCUGAGGUGCCUGCCGCUGAGGUGCCUAUUGCUGAAGAUUCAGUCGCUAGAGAUCCAGUUGCGGAGGUGUCAGCCGUUGAGGAACUAGUCACUGAGGAGCCUGCCGCUGAGAACCUAGCAGCUGAGGCACCAGUCACUGAGGAGCCUGUUGCCGAGGAUCCAGCUGCUGAAGUAUCAACUGCUGAGACACCGGUUGCUGAGGCGCAUGUCACUGAGGAGCCCGUCGUUGAGGAGCCUGUCGCUGAGGCACGGGUUGCUGAGGAUUCAGUCACUGAGGCGCCUGUCGCCGAGGAUUCAGUCGCUAAAGAUCAAGUCGAUAAGGAUCAAGUCGCUGAGGAGUCAGCUGCUGAGGCACCGACUGCUGAGGAGCUUGUCGGUGAGGAGUCUGUUACGGAGGUGCCAGUCACCGAAGAUUCAGUCAUCGAUGCACCUUUCGCUGAGGAACCAGCCGGUGAGGAUCCUGUCGUUGGAGAGCCAGUUGCUGAGGAGUCGGCUACUGAAGCUCUUGUCACUGAGAUGCCAGCCGUCGAGGAACCAGUUGCGGAGGAGCCUGUCGCCAAGGAUCUAGUCACCGAGGAAUUGGCUGCUGAGGAGCCACCGUCGAGGAACCAGUUGUGGAGGACCCAGCCGUCGAGGAGCCUGUCGCUGAGGAUUCAGUCGUUGUGGAUUCAGUCAUUGUGGAUCCUGUCGCUGAGACACCGGUUGCUAAGGUACCUACUGCUGAGGAGUCAGCCGUCGAGGAACCAAUCGCUCAGACACCUGUUGCUGAAGAGCCAGCCACUGAGGAGCCUGCUGCUGAGGAGCCUGCUGCUGAAGAUCUUGUUGCGGAGGAUCCAGUCGCUGAGGCACCAGUUGCUGAGGCACCAGUUGUUGAAGAGCCUGUCGUUGAGGAGUCAGCCGUUGCGGAGCCUGUUGCGGAGGAUCCAGUUGCGGAGGAGCCUGCCGCUGAGGCUCCUGUCGCUGAGGAACCAGCUGCUGAGGAGCCUGUCGUUGGGGAGCCUGUCGUUGUGGAGCCUGUCGCUGAGGAUUCAGUCACUAAGGUGCCUGUUGCUGAAGCACUGGCCACUGAGGUGCCUGUCGCCGAGGAUUCAGUCGCUAAAGAUCAAGUCGAUAAGGAUCAAGUCGCUGAGGAGUCAGCUGCUGAGGCACCGACUGCUGAGGAGCCUGUCGCUGAAGAGUCUGUUACGGAGGUGCCAGUCACCAAGGAUUCAGUCGUUGAGGAUUCAGUCGUUGAGGAUUCAGUCAUCGAGGAUUCGGUCGCUGAGGCGCCUGUUGUGAAGGAGCCUGUCGCUAAGGAUCCAAUCACCGAGGAAUCGGCUGCUGAGGAGCCAGUCGUAGAAGAGCCUGUCGUUGAGGGUCCAGUUGCUAAGGAGGCGUCUGCUGAGGCACCAGUUUCUGAGGAUCCAGUCGCCGAGGAGCCUGUUCCUGCGGAGCAAAUUGCGGAGGCACCAGU